AGCCCGGGCGCAGGGGGCCCCGGGUGGGUUGCAGGAUGCGCGGGCCAGGGGGCGCGGAGGAGCCGAGGGGACCGCACUGGGUGUGCGCGGGCCUGGCGCGUGCUGGAUCGGGAGUCGCGCGGAGGAGCUGGGGACACGGACGCCACCUGGCCGGCCCGGGGAACUCUGGGCGGUGGCCGGCCAUCCGAAUGGGCCUCCGGCGUCGCGCGAGCCACAGAGACUUUCAUGCAGCCUGGUGUCGAGACGUCCUUCCAUAAUCACAGUUUGAAUGAAUUAUUCCAAUUAUUUAUUAACAAUUUUAUAAAAGUAGAGAAAAAGAAUACACUAUGUCGGAUGAAAUCUUCAGCACAACUUUGGCAUAUACCAAGAGUCCAAAAGCUACCAAGAGAACUUCUUUUCAGGAUGAGCUGAUCAGAGCAAUUACAGCCCGGUCAGCCAGGCAGAGGAGUUCUGAAUACUCAGAUGACUUUGACAGCGACGAGAUUGUUUCUCUAGGCGAAUUUUCAGAUACCUCAACAGAUGAAAGUCUAGUUAGAAAAAAGACAAACGAUUUUCAUUUAUCUGACGACGAGGAGAAGAAUUCUCCAAGACUGUCUUUUUUGAAAACCAAGAACGUAAAGAGUGAUGUAUGCAGAGAGGAGCAGGAGCUCGGCCGGCACAGCGGAGGUGUGUCACCUGAAGUUCACGAUGAUGUGGCCGGGAACUCCUCUUCCAAAUCACAGAAUGAUGCUCAAGAAGGUGGACAAGAGAUCAUUGCAAUAAAGCCUAAACCCAGAGUUCUCAGCAAACGCAGCCCAUCUCUAGGGGAAAACGGCGGCAGCUGUGAGGUUGCUGGCCUUUUUAAGCCUUCACCUCGGCCCAGGAGCGUCAAAAAGAACAGCCCCACGGAGGACGGAGACAGAGCAGAUGGGCAGGAGCACCCCCCGAGUGAAGACCCUGCCCGCAGCCCUGCCCUAAAUGGCACAGAGGUGGAGACUGAGGAAGAAGGACGUUCUGGAAACCUUGAUCUUGAGCAGGACUCGCUCCUACAAAGUCUGACCUCAUCAUCCCUCAAAGAAAGCCCUGGAAAUUGCACCUCACCGGAACCUCAGGAAAAAGCAUCCAUAAAAGAUCAUGAUGGAGAACCUACCGAACUCUGGGAUUCCCUGAUAUCAAAUGAAAACGAAGAAACUUCGGUUUUGGUGAACUGUGUUUCUCCUGAACUUGAGCAAGCCGAGGCGGGUCAGGUGGCUGCUGGUGACAAUGACAAAGACAGAGCGAAGGCUGGGUUCACAGAUGACGACCUCACCACUGACCCACUGCUCUCCACGUCCCCGAGUGUCGUCACGCCCACCGAGACAGCAGAGCCAGCCAAGAAAGCAAACGAAGACCGAAACUUGAAGAAUAAAAAGACAACGAAUGGUCGAGUGUCCAGUGCCUCUGGCAGGCUGAUGACCUCUGAGUUUUUAAAGAAAUCCGGCCCCACGCGGAGAAGUCCAUCCGCAGCUACCUCUUCUCACUACCUAGGGACAUUGAAAGUCCUGGACCAGAAGCCAUCGCGGAAGCAGAGCCUGGAGCCCGACAAAGCCGAUCACAUAAGGGCGACCGUUUACCAGGAGUGGCUGGAAAAGAAAAACGUGUAUUUGCACGAAAUGCACAGGAUAAAAAGAAUUGAAAGUGAAAACUUACGGAUCCAAAAUGAGCAGAAAAGAGCUGCUAAGAGGGAGGAAGCAUUAGCAUCAUUCGAGGCCUGGAAGGCUAUGAAAGAAAAGGAAGCAAAAAAAAUAGCAGCAAAGAAGAAGUUAGAGGAAAAAAACAAGAAGAAGACAGAAGAAGAAAAUGCUGCAAGGAAAGAUGAGGCCCUGCAAGCCUUUGAGAAAUGGAAGGAGAAAAAGCUGGAGUACCUGAAAGAGAAGACCAGGAAGGAGAAAGAAUAUGAGCGAGCGAAGAAACAGAAAGAGGAGGAGACGGUCGCUGAGAAGAAGAAAGACAACUUGACUGCUUUUGAGAAAUGGAGUGAGAAAAAGGAGGCUCUUCUCAAGCAAAAGGAGAAGGAGAAAAUCAACGAGAGAAGAAAGGAAGAGCUGAAGAGAGCGGAGAAGAAAGACAAAGACAAGCAAGCCAUCAGUGAAUACGAGAAGUGGCUGGAGAAGAAAGAAAAGCAGGAAAGAAUUGAACGGAAACAAAAGAAGCGCCAUUCCUUCCUUGAAAGCGAGACCCACCCUCCGUGGAGCCCUCCGAGCAGAACUGUGUCCUCGAGAGUAUUUUGACAACUCAGGUUCUUGAUUUAUCCGUUCACCACCUUUGCCCAUGGAGUUGGAACCAUUCAUCUCGUUAUUUGUGGUUAGGAGAGUCUGUUUUAAUCGCUGCAGGAACUUCUGUGGAGCGCGCCAGAGGUGCUUUACAGUGUAGGCAGUGGAAGCAGUGUUCUCAAGUGUAGAUAAACCGCCUCAGACAAGAAGCGGUCAGAUUGCUGAGACGAUCCAGAUGCAUGAAGCUUUGUCACAUCCUAGUCAUUUUUGAAGUGGGUGGUGUGUGUCACUGAGUUCUGCGUCUUUUUAAAGCAUGGUUAGUUCCGCUGAUCGAAGGCUGCCAUCCAGAUUCCACCAUCGUAGGAAUGAUUCAGUUCAUGGAAGCGUGUGCUUCUCCAUUGGAGUUUGGGAGUUAACGGUCCCUGGGGAGUAUGUGCAGAUUAUUUUAAUUCCGCCCAGAACAGCAUCUCCGCUGGGCAGAUUGAGGCCACAGAGCUCUCGUCAAAGACCCUCGCUUUAUGGCUUAAUCUCAGUGUGCAUUGCCUGUGUGGGCCUCACCUGACAAUCAUGGGCAUUUCUGUAAUGGGUUCACUUCUGAAAUUUUCUUUCUAAAUUCCAUCUCAGUUUGCUUAUUAUUUGGUCAAAAACCAGCAAUUUGAUGGUAGUGGUGUCUUAUAUAGUAUUUUUGAAAAUUUCAUAAGGGUUCAGGGUCCUUAUCAAAAUUCUUUCCAAACUAAAGUUAUAAAGAUCAAUGAAGGUAACUCUCACCUUCUCAACUAGUUCAACUAGCCUCGAGUGCUUCAAUUGACCUCAGAAGCAGCUGAAGGAGAAAGUGACUUUCUAAAAAUACUCAAGAUUAUUUAUUUAUUUAUUUAUUUGACCUCUGCUUAUCCCUGUAUCAAAUGGUCCCAUACGUGACUGGCCAUUUCCCGAAACACCAGCUGUUGCCAGCUGCUGUAUGCAAUAAUGUGUUGCAGAGACAAUCAAUGGAAAGCAUGGUUGCUGCUGUUCCCCGAGCUCUUAUAUCAUCUCUGCUGCCUCCUGACAGAUGGAAUUUGUCAAAUAUGUAACAGCUAUUCAGGGUAGGUGUUAUUAGCUUUACUGCGCAGAUAAAAAUGCUGAGGCUAAGCAAAUCCAAAAUAACUUGCCUUAUAGCAAACAUACGAGCAGUAGGACCCAACCCUACUGUCUUCCUUGUCCUUGAGACCUGUGUGACCUCAGAGACAGUGUCUGACCUCUGAGUCAAUCAACCUUGCAAGCGCUUGUCACUCCCAAGGUGUUGAUCGUGGCUGGUGGAUGUGGUCCUUUCCCGAUGCCUCCAGAUGCUGUAUCUCCUUACUUCUAAAAUGAGGUGAGGACUCAUGGGAUCUCAGAGGUUCAUCAGACAUAGUGUUAGCAAAGCCAGCAGCUUGUGCAAGACCCAACUAUAGGAUGUGCACAAAACAGGACGUCACGAGAGGCUGUGUAGCAUUGCCAGAGCAGAGCAGAUACAAGCAAGCUAAAGUGAAGUAUUUGGAGCAUAGGACUCAGUAAAUAGCCUUUGUCAUAUUCAUUUACCUCGGUCCCCACUUGAUGGACGGGAAACCAGUGUGGGGUGAGCAGGACAGUAGUUACUUAGCACACAGUUUUAGCAUGCAGAGGAACUCAGCCUUCUGGUCCGUCUUUGAUGGACCAGUCACAGUCAAGUGCUGCCAGGAACAGAGCCCUCGGAGAAGAUGCCUGAAUACUGAUCUUUAAAGAUGGUUUCUGAAGAGAAUUACAUGACAAGUGAAGAUGUACUGAAGACCCCAAAUGUGGUUCCCUCACAUGUGAUUUAGGAUGAGUCAAUAUAGAGAGUAAAUAAUAGGGUUUUUUUUUUCCAACUUACAACAACCUGUAUUCAAUUUCUAUGGAAUUUAUCUAGUUAGAUAUAAUUGCCCCUUCUCCUGUAGUAAAAAUAAAGCAGAGAUUUGGCCAGUGAGUGAAUAUCCAAGUUUGUAAUGUGGCAGUCUGAGUUCCAGAGGGAAGACUUGAACCUGCUAAGAUUAUCUUAAUGUAUUUGCUUAUUUAAGAAAUAAGACUUGCCCAUAUUUCCGUUAAAAGUACCAAAUAUAGAUUAGUUUAUAAUAAUGAAAAAUAAAGCCAGGCGGUGGUGACGCACGCCUUUAAUCCCAGCACUCGGGAGGCAGAGGCAGGCGGAUCUUUGUGAGUUCGAGGCCAGCCUGGUCUACAAGAGCUAGUUCCAGGACAGGCUGCAAAGCUACAGAGAAACCCUGUCUCGAAAAACAAAAACAAAAAAACAAACAAAAAUAAAUAAAUAAAACUCUUACAUAAAAGUAAGUUCCAUAACAGCAAAAAGGUAUCACACAUAUCAAAAGGAAUAAUACGGUGUGGAAUAAUUUAGAUGUGGAAGAGUUGAUGUUUCCUUAAGGAAAUUGGUUAAGAACAGCUCAGAGUAACGGUAUUCCCAUAGCCUACUGUGUGUGCCACUCUUGAAGGUGCUGGUUCACUAGUUGUAGAUCGGAAAGAUAGCUCAUGUUUUCACUGUUGCCAAAGUGGUACCUCAUGGGAGCUUGACAGCCACAGUUGGAUGCCCCUUGGAGUGAUGUAGCUGUCAAUCAACCUGGACCAGACUGUUUCUGUGUUGAAUAAUCUCAUGUCCAGCAUGUUUGCCAACCUCAGAUGCCUAGUGCUCUCAUUCACGUUGACAGCAGGGCCUUUGCCUGUCAUUCUACAGCUGUGCUGGCCUCCUAAGAUGCUCACACCAACGUUGGCUAAGUGUGGUUAUUGCUCCUGUGGCUGGUUGCCGCUCUCUCCUGGUUCCCUGUCCUCCCCAGCUGUUUGGUGCUCACACUGCUCUGUAAAGUAUGAGGAAAGAGUGGCACUUCUUAAAUACAACAGUGAAAGGAAGUUUCAUAAAGUAGGGGAAGUGCAUGCUAGUCGAAAUCAUUCUCAGAAAUAAGAUAGUACAGGAAAUAAAUUUGCCUAAUUUAAUCCUGAUUCAUAGUUCAAUUGUACUGCAGUAAAAGACAUUUAAAAGCCUAUGUGUCCUCUCGACACAAAGCAAAUACCUUAUUGAUAUUCCUCAUUCCUAGUUACGCUAACUGAUAGAAUAGUGAACUGCCACGUGGGUGAUGAGCUGGAGGCUGUCCCAAGGCCUUUUGUUGUAAAAUGUCGUGUGCUACUGCUAGUUUGAAGUGUUGUGUAACCAGAAUAUGUGGAAUUCCUGGUGCUGAACUUAGGGUGUCUUUGGGAUUAUUGGGGGAGAUAUAUUUAAUGCCUGCUCCUUAGUAAUACAUUUUUGUUUCAUAAUUUAUUACAGUUAGCCACUUGUGGUUUAUUUUAUUGUUAUAAUUUAUUGGCUGCACGCCAAAGUUAAUAAAUGUGAUGUGUGCUUAUCUCUGAGCUAAAGAUGUUGAUAUCUCUUUUAUUAGAAAUGAAUAGUGGACAAGAAGUGAUUUGCAAUGUAAGAUCUGGAUGAGAAACUGAUUUUGCGGUACAGAUGGCGGGUGUGACAUAGUUGUCAAGUGAUUAGAAGACUCAGAUUCGUGAGGUCGCCAUGUUUCCAUCCCUCCGUGAUAGCUGCAGUUCCCCCGAAUCUCCCUUCGCCCGUCUUUGUUUUCUAGGGAGUGCUCUACCGUCGGUGGAUGGAAGGGGAUGAAGGGGAGAGCUCUUGCUCCUCUGGUCCCCUAGGCCUCUGUCUCGCCUCUCCCUGUCUUCUGUGUUAUCUAAGUGUACAUACAUGUAUGUAUAUGUUUAUAAUCUAUUUGAUCAUUGAAAUAAAAAUGACA